CGCGACACCGGAGGGAAUGGUUACUCGCUCACAAGUCUCUCUCCCCAACUCGCGGCUGCGCCGGCUCCAGUUCGCCCAACUUUGCUGCCGUACAGCCCGCCUAACUCCUUGACAGGAUGGCAGACAAAAGAACAGCUGGUGCAAAGCAAUAGGGGAUUCGUAGCAAGGAGGAGGAAAGGAAAGCGCAAACCUUCCACCCGCGCCGCCGCCACCGCCGGUCGUCAGAGCAGCAGUCGCGCCGGGACCAGCCGAAGCCACCAUGCGCAGGUCCAGCACCGAUGAGUCGACGUACCACAGGAGCCCUUCCCUGGACAGCAAGGAUUACAGUUUCCCAAAUGGCGCCUUCCGUCGCUACAGCAGCAUGUAUGGCGGCCAGUUUGGGGCAGCCAGCAACUCUUUUUUUGGAUUCCACACCAACCCGGGCCCUAAGGCCACCAAGGCUAAGUACACGUCCCCCAAGGGAAACAAGUACGUUGUCUUUUACCUGGAUCUCUCGUUUAUUUUUCUCCUAGAACUGAAGAGGUGCAGCAUGGCUCACAACUGCCUGCAGUGUAUCAAGUACCUAAUGUUUGUCUUCAACCUUCUCUUCUGGUUGGGAGGCUGUGGAAUCCUUGGAGUGGGCAUCUGGCUGGCUGUUACCCAAGGGAACUUUGCCACCCUCUCCUCAUCUUUCCCGUCCCUGUCAGCUGCCAACCUACUGAUCGUCACAGGGACUUUUGUCAUGAUCAUUGGCUUCGUGGGCUGCAUAGGUGCCAUCAAAGAAAACAAGUGCCUCCUGCUGAGUUUUUUUAUCAUGCUGUUAAUUAUAUUUCUGUUGGAGCUCACAGUUGUGAUUCUGUUCUUCGUCUACACAGACAAGAUUGACAAGUAUGCUCAGCGCGAUCUGAAGAAAGGGCUUCAUUUGUAUGGGACAGAUGGAAACAUUGGCCUAACUAAUGCGUGGAGCAUCAUUCAAACAGAUUUCAGAUGCUGUGGAGUCUCCAACUACACUGACUGGUUCGAAGUGUACAAUACAACCCGGGUGCCAGACUCCUGCUGCUUGGAAUUCAGUGAGAACUGUGGGCUCCAUUCCCCAGGGACCUGGUGGAAAGCGCCUUGCUACGAAACGGUGAAAAUAUGGCUCCAGGAAAACUUACUAGCAGUGGGAAUCUUUGGAUUGUGCACAGCUCUGGUGCAGAUUCUUGGACUCACCUUUGCAAUGACCAUGUAUUGUCAGGUAGUCAAGGCAGACACCUACUGUGCAUAGAUACCAUUCCCAAUCUUUCUGCUUCUCCUCCAAAGGACACAGGAGAAAUCUCCCUCAUGCUCAUUCAUCUGACCUUUCUCCCCCCACACAUACUUUGUACUAUAAACUGUGUAUAAUGCUCUCUUUCUGAAGAUUUUGUGAAUCACCCCAUUUUACUGACGGAGGAAGAAAAGAAAGUCAGUACUUGAACUGGCACAGGUAAGAAGCAGCCUUGGCUUUAAACAGAAGAAAACGUCCAAACAGCGAUGGUUCCUUUUCUGGGGCCUAUGGAAGGCAAAGGAGGCUGCAAAGGAGGGGCUGAUCUGCAUACCCAUGUUAAGAAAGAUUGCACUGGUGCACCCUCUGUGAAACCUGCCAGGUUGCCUUCUAGCAUUUCAGAGUCUGGAAGAGCGGGCAUAGAAAACGAGUAUUCUUCAGCACGGAAAGAAGGUACAGAGUAGCUAGCACUGAAUGCAACUGUAAUUUCACUACAGUUUGCACACAGCUAAAAUGUCAAGAGCAACCAGCUUUUCCUCCAAGUGUCUCGAGAUGAUUUUGUAGCCAGGAGAGGAUCAUCUUCAGAAAUGCUAUUUUAAAGGAGUAUUUUUAAUUUCAUGUGCUGCGAAGUCAGGCUUUUAAUCAGAAUCUGUACAGUGAGAUCUGGCUGUUAAGGGAAAACAAUAUUGGACACUGUCUCACUUAUUAAUUGCCAGUGGCAUAUAGGUGAUAGUUGACUGAAUAUGUAAUACAUAUUACAUUCGUAUACACAUACUGUUCUGAAAGGAGGUGAAAAUAACCAGCAUCUAACCUCAGAAAGAGGGAACCUUUCUAUCCCAUUUUACAUUCCAACUGAAAUAACCAAGUACUAUUUCUUGUAGGAGGCACUAUCACUUAUACCUCUGGGAAACAAGUAAUUACUUUCAGCUGUAUCUUCAUUUCAGUAAACAACUUGUGAGUGGGCUCCUCUGUCAUUCUACUAUGAUUUUAUUUUUUAUCAUCUCCGUUUCAAGUUAGUCUGCCAAAAAAUAUCACUCAUUUCCACACGUGAAGAUUUGUACAAUGCUGUCAGCUGUUCCUUCCCUCAAUGUCACCAUUUCAUUAAUUUACUCUAGAAUAUCAUUGUCUGCAGGUAUGAUAGAGUUUGCCUUGCUAAGGAAAACUCUUUGCACAUGGCUCAUCUUUCCAAGAGUUAUUAAGACUUCAGAUGUUUUUAUACUUGGCAGUUUUUUCCAGCUGUGUGCUUACAACAGCCAAGGCACAUCAGUAUUUGUUAGAAAUGGAGUCACCUCUCGGUUCUGCUUUUCGCAGCCAUCUCCCUCCUACUGGUUUCAAAAGCUGAUGGCUAAAACAUGCCCCACACUUCCUGGAAUUUGCAGAAAUCAAAGUCAGUACUUUCCUUUUGCCAGGAAACAGCCACCAGUUGUCUGAUUCUCCGCCCUACAUCGGUAACUGAAGUAAUUUAAUUUAUGUAGUACCUUUCUGCAUGAACCUUCCAGAAUCUAAGAAUCUCAUGCUUCCUACUGCUCAAACAAACUGCCAACAAUUCCCCAUCAGCAAGCAGCCCCAGGUAAUGUACACAUGGCAGGGAGAGGCUGAAGCACCCUGGGGAAAGGAGAUAGCAGUGAACAGGCUAGCAGAGCUAUGCAGUUGGCCUGCUCCCCACAGCAGCGUUUUGAGGACCUCAGCUACAGCCAGCAGCCUGGAAAGACAACCUCAGUGCCCUGUUUUCACAGAAAGUCCGGUGCAGCCAUUCUUACUGUGACAAACUAGAAGCACCUUUAGUGCUUACAACAGGAUGUCCCGGCUACAAGUGAAUUUUGCUUACCCUGAUUUAAAGGCAAUUUCCAGCAGUAAAGCUGGCCUUGCCACCCUACAGCCUGUUAAAGUCUCUCCUUAACACCAGUCAGUAACCCCCCUCCUCUGGGCCUGCAAUGCUCACUUACACCCAGUCAAUCCCUGUAGCACGGGGCAUUUAAUUGUGCAAGCUAAGUUCAAAGUAACGUGUUACUCGUGUGCAUUUUGUGCAGCUUCCCAAUCGUUCGCUCUCACAGCAACCUCACCGCCACUAAAGAAUUUCAUUGCCAUGCCAACAAGCCACAAAUGUUAGCAGACUUCAACCCAUGACAGAGGUUAAACUGAGUGAGUAGCCCACAAUACACAGGUGACCUGUGCCUUGAGCAGGAGACUUACUCUCAGUGUUGUAAUCACCAUGGUCUCAAUGCUCUCUGCUCCUUGAGCCCAGGGUAACCCAUCAACAAUCAUGCUCUUGGAGAGAUGGGAGAAGUGUGUUCCUUUCCUCUCUCCGCUUUUCUUACCUGCACAGAGACAAUUCCAGGUUAGAGGUACCAUUAGUGCGAGUUUUUGCCAUGCUUCAUGGUUUACAUUCACAGGUGCUCCUGCUGACAGCUCUGCAUUUCCCCCACUGAAAAGCUGCGUAGCAGGACGAUGAACACAAUUGUAAAACAUUGACUUUUACAAAAGACAAAAGGUAGACAAGCCUAUUCAUAGUGAUCUCUGCCAUUAAAAACUAACAGACAGCAAGCCUGAUGGCUUUGGUGAUGAGAGCAAACCAUUGUGCAGCAGAACUCCCACAUGGGGCAACUCUCAUCAGUCUGCCUGGUGGUGGUGAAGGGAGAAGACAGCGUACAACCCUCAUCCUGUGAGUAUCCCAGUAAUACACACUGAACCCUUAGAGCAGACUGCCAGACUUCAGUUACACCUACAGAAUGAUAAAAGAAACCAAUACAGAUGAGACAUCACACGUUCUGGUUCUCUCUAAUCAUUUGGCACAGUUUAGGCAGCCUUACAACAAGAUAAACAGCCUCAGUUUUCAAAAAUACGAUCUAGAGGCAGUAUGAGCAACACUCACUUUGUAAAUCCCAGUCAUUGCAACAGCACCAUUCAGCAGCAACUAUUGAAGAGAAAAACGCACUGCCAACAGAGAUGCUAGUGCAACUUACUGAUAGUUUGCACUGGACCAUUUUCUGUAUUUGAUGUUAGUAACUCUCUUUACACAAGCCAAACAGAUGUUAUGGUGCUUAAAGCAUUACCAGCACAAUCCGGUUUCAAACCUCUGAACAUACUGAAUAUAACAAGAAUCAGCUUUAAUAUAAUUUCUUUCUAACAGCAUUGCAUCUUUCUCCCCGAGGUCAGACUGUUUUGUGAUGUUGAACAGCAACAUUUUUUUCUAACCAACAACAAAAAUAGUUCCAUUUUAUGCAUAAAACUUGACAUUGAACUGGUUGAUUAUAAUCACCCCCCAGUAUGUUUAAAAUGGUGCUCAUACUGUAUUUAUGCAGAGCACCACAGAAAUCAUUCCAGUUGCUUCCAUUAGUGGUUUUUUUUCACUUUUAGUAAGGCCUUUUAGAUUACUUCCACUUACUUUUAAAUGUGAAGGAAGACUCAAUACAUUUAAAGACAGAACCAAAGGUAACAAACAGAGUGAAGCAGAGAAUGCCCAAUUUACACCCAUUGCUCUUUCUGCUUAAUAACAAGAUGUGAAAGCAUAGGGCACACAGCUGGACCUACUGAAUUCAGCAAGAUCUGGAUUUAGCUUUUAGAUUCAGUCCAAUAUACUUCUGGCUUUUCAUCUUCACAAUUAUAAGAAUAUAUAUAUUUAAUAGAAUGUGUUUUAUUUUCCUGUACAGUAAUUGUCAGCAGCAGCCAAAUCUUACUGCUUGUACCACAGAACCAUUUAGCUCUAUGUAUUAUAGUGCACAAUCACUGGAAUUCACUCCAGUCUCUGUUCUGGGAACAUUCUUCACUCCUCCUCCUCAAAUAAUAUAAACUUAUAAAGGUUUAUUCUUCCAUUUAAUAGCUACCAUUUGAAUGCAGCAUUGUAUGAUCUGUAACACCAAGAGGAAGGAAAUGCACCGAAGUUGUAAAAACACAUUACCUAGCAUCAGUAAUAGGGCCGCUACAUGAAUCCACACACCCUCCUCGCAUUUCACAAGCUAAUUAAAAACUGGUUCCAUUUUUCAAUGCAUGUGGCUCCAGGCUGCUUCCUCCCAUUCACAGACAGGACAGGAGGUUGUCAGCAUGGACAAAGUUAAUGCCCUGCACUUCGCACUUGGCCUCAUUGUUGUGCUAUAAAGUGUGGCACCAAAGGUAAGCAGGGAAAAGAAAGCCAAUUGUGGCAUUUGUUUUAAAACCAGACACUUUAUUACCUUUGUCCACAAGAAUUCGUGCUAAGUGUGAAUGAUCUUCAUAGACGCUGAGUUAGGCAAUUCACUGUAAGAAAACAAGUCAGGACUCACCCUGGGAAAUUUUGUUUGGAUUCCAUUACGAAUUCUCUUAGAGCAUCACCUGUGUCUUACCGCAGUGGGCAGGUCUCCUCAGUUCCUUGGAUUUUGUCACUGCAACUAUGAUGAUACAUUUUUGUGCAUUCAUAUAAAGAACAAAAUUUAAAAUAUACAUUUUAUUUUUAAAAAAUUAUUAAAUAUUCUUUAAAGUUUACAACAGAAUGUCUUUUGUAUUCUUUAUAAUGAACUACACUACAAGCUAUCCAGUGAGUAUAUACAUACCCAAAGAUGGGUGUGCAAGCAUGCACACACACCCACACGAUAUGCAAUAAAAGAAUACAUAGCAUACUUCUUCUUGUCAUUUCUCAUUACCUAUCUUUUAUUUGAUCUAUCCUUCCUUAUUGGUUCUUUAUUUUUCUGGUUUUGUUUUUUAAACCUGAGCAGCUUACCUAUUUCCAGGUACAUCUAUAUCCCUUUCUGUUUCCUCUUAUUAGCAACAUGAAAUUAGGUACAGUCAAUACAGGAAAUGUUUCAGAAAACAUCGGGGGGGAUCAUAUUUAAUAACACAACAAAAAACUGUACACAAAACCAACUGUUAUGUUCAGAACGUGUUAUUAUCAAUUUUGAAAGAAUCUGACUUCUCUUUUUCUGAGGUAGUUGCUCAUAUUCACAAAGUGUGUAGGAAAACUCAGAAAAUUAACACCAAAAUGCAACAGUAGGAACUCCUACUACACCAGAUCAAAAACAGUCUGGUUAGCCAAGUACCUUGUCUGAAGUCUUGUCUAACUUCCCGUUUCAAUACAAUUUAUUGCACCCUCCAGGUCAAACAGCUUCACGAGUGAAACUGCCUCUAAAUUUGGUGCCUUCUGAACAACACGGACAGACAACUGAAAGUGUUAGGGUUGACCAUGGCCUGAAAGCAGAGAACCACAGAUUUAGAGGUUGAUGCAGGAAAUCUCACAAAGGAUAAUCCGGUCCUUUGGUGAAGUUUCUUCCAACUCCCUUAGGUCACUGGCAGGUUUGUAUUCCUCGGAUUUUCUUCAUCCUGUUAAACGUGCCACUAGAUGGUCUCAUUAACCACAUCUAUCCUUAAUCCUUUUUCUGAAUUCUGUGAAGAUUUUCCACUUCAGUCUUGUAUUGUAGCAGUGAAUUUCACAACUUCAUCAUGCCAUAUACAUUAAAGAAACCACCCCUUCUUAAAUGUAUUUCAAACAUUUUGCCUUUCAAUUUCAUUUAUUCACCAUUGGCUCUGUAUUUCAAAAAUGCUAAGUUAAUGAAUGUUACGGGCAGAGAGCAGCUCUAUUUAUCUCUAGAGCCUGAUUUAUUUCCCCACUAAAGCUGGGCAAUAGAGUACGCUAUCGGUUUUCAGGAUCCCAUUGCUGCAAAGUUGGAAGUCUAGUCUACCUUCCCCAGCAGCUAUCCUGGUUCAGUUGUCUUUGCUUUUUGAACUACAUGUUGGCACAGACAGAGGUGUUUCUAUUUUAAUCAACAGCUAGCCCAGCAUUUCAGCCGACAUCCUGCUAUGUUUUUCUGAAACGUACUUAGCACAACCUGGGAAUGUCAGGCUUAGCUGAUCAUGCUUGCUGUGUACUAUAAAGUACUUUGUGGUGGCAUAGCACUGCAGCUACAAGGGAAACCAUGCUAACAAUAGCACAUAAAAACAAGAACAUACAAAAACCAUUUGUAAAGAGACAUAAAAACACAGCCCUUACUUUCUGGUAUGUUAAAGCAAAAAAAAAAAAAAAAAAAAGACUAUCGUUAGCAAUUUAUUCAGUGAUUGCUCUUUGAAAGGCUGUUUUUCUGAAAACCAAACAGUUGGUUACGUAGGUCAUUUUACCCUAGGCCUUGAUUUUUUUUAAUAAAACUAUUUCCCCAUGGAAAUACUGUAUGUUAUUCUGUUCACUAGAAAUUGUGAUUUUUGGUUGACCUGGAAGUACACCUUAGCUUACAUUCCCUGAAACAGCCAGAAAGCAUUCACUACAGCAGGGCAAGCUAGAGAGCUACGCAGGGUGCUUAGAAGUCACCUCACGACACAUUUCUUUAGUGAUGAAACGGCUGACCUGUUAAAAUGACUUCUGCAGAAAUUGUUUAGGCAGAACAUUUUGAGGUGUUUAACAGAGGUGUUUAACAGAGGUGUUUAACAGAGACUUCCCAGUACUGGUGGUUAAAGGAAUAAUUUGAGAGGAUGGGAUCCAGUGUAAACCUCCCAUGACAUUUCCAAGGGACUGUUACAGGACGUGGUUCAAAUCAUAGCCAACGUAAGAAAAUAUAACUGUAUAUAUCUAUAUAAAACUAAGUUUUGUACAAAGUACAGCAUAAAAAGCAACUGUUAAUGUGUA